CGCCUGUAACAGCUGAGAGGAGGAGACGGCGGGGGAGAGGGGAAGCGACCAGUUUUUAGAACCUGCGCCGACAUACGCGAGAGAGACCGCCAUCGCCCGGCCGUAAUGAGAGACGUCCUUGUUUAGCAUUAUAUUUAAUCUAUACCUAAUAAUCUUGUUAAUAUAAAUCUAGAAGUUUAAGUUUUGUUUUAAUUAUAAACAAAAAGUGGCGACCGUGACAGGACGGAGUACUCUAAAAGAUAAUAUUCUUUUAAUAAGCAUUACGCUGCCGGCGACUUAAAAAGUGCCACGUGAUUGACACGACGAACAAGACGUUGGAACUUGGAACAUCGAUGAGAAUUAGAUCUACGUUUGAUUUUGGAUAAUUUGAGAUUACUGCUAUUGGAGCCUGAUGAACCAGUGGAGAUCCAGAGGUCUAAUCCGAGGAAACGUUCGAAAGAUCGAGUUGUUUGGUGUUUCUGUAUAAUCCGCUGUGCUGUAAGGCGCUGUGUGCGAAUACCCGUUGCCGUUGGACUUUAGACUCCGGCACAACAAUACAUCACGGAGCAUCUAACCGUCGGAGCGGCGUAGCGGCGACUGGAUUUGAAGUGAUCUGUUUAUCUCCUUGUACUCGUCAGAUAAAAACCCGGCAGACCUGGCGUCUCGCAGCGUAAGUCCCAGUCAGCUCGAAGCUUCUGCCCUCUGGUGGGAAGGGCCGUCGUUCCUACGGAAUGAUGAAUCCUACUGGCCGAAAACCGCUCAUACUCACAUUCCUAUACACUUACCCGAGGUAAAAGACAUAAUUAAAUGCCACGUCUCAGCUAACGAUGCUCUAAAAUUUGACAAAUAUUCUAACCUUAACAGAAUGAAGAGGAUUUAUGGCUACGUAUUACGUUUUUUAUCAAAUUGUAAAAAUAAAAAUAAUAAAAUAAUUGGUCCUUUAGAUGCUAAUGAAUUGAAUCAAUCUUUACAAUUAUUAAUUAAAUGUAGUCAACAGGAAUGUUUCAAUGAAGAGAUAAAAUUAAUUUCAAAUAAUAAAGCUCUCAAUCGUAAGUCUAAAUUAAUAACACUAAAUUGCUUUAUCGACUCACACGGCUUGCUAAGAAUUGGGGGUCGUAUUCAAAACUCUGAAUUUGAAUACGAUAAAAAACACCCGUUGAUUUUGGAUUCAAAGCAUCAUUUCACUAAAUUACUAUUUAAAAACGAACACGAAAAGUUGUUUCAUGCCGGUCCUCAGCAUCUACUUGCCUCUAUAAGAGAGAGUUUCUGGCCCAUCGGUGGUCGACAUCUGGCACGUAGUACGACGAAGCAGUGCAUGAUUUGUUUUCGUUUGCGUGGACAAACAUUGCAACCUAUAAUGGGCAACUUACCUGCUGAAAGAACCUACUCUUCGUUUCCAUUCUAUUCGUGUGGGGUGGAUUUUGCCGGACCAUUUAUGAUUUCCAGUCGAAAAGGAAAGGGCAACCGCAUUUCUAAAUGUUAUUUGUGUUUAUUUAUAUGUUUAGCAUCAAAAGCACUUCACCUGGAAGUAGUUAGUGACUUAAGCACGGAGUCAUUCAUUUUGUCAUUGCGAAGGUUCGUUUCUAGAAGAGGCAAACCAUAUUCAAUAUUUUGUGAUAAUGGCAGCAAUUUUAAGGGUGCAAACAAUGAGAUAAGUAGAUUACUUAAAUCUAGUCGUGAGCAUUUAACCAAUUUUGCCUCUAAUGAAGGAUUUAGAUUCAUAUUUAGUCCCGCUUAUUCUCCACAUUUUGGAGGUAUUUGGGAGGCUGGCGUGAAGUCAGCAAAGCAUCAUUUGCGUCGUGUCGCUGGCAAUGCUUCUCUCACUUUUGAGGAACUAGCGACGCUGUUCACACAGAUUGAAGCGAUAUUGAAUUCUCGCCCUUUAACCCCUCUUUCUGCUGAUCCUACAGAUCCUACUCCAUUAACCCCUGGGCAUUUCUUAAUUGGAAGACCUAUGAGCGCGGUGCCUACGCUUCCUAUCACGGCAAAGCACCCCAACCGGUUCCAGCUCAUUGAGCAAUUAAGGCAACACUUUUGGCAGAGGUGGCGCCGGGAGUUUAUAGCAGAGCUUCAACAGCGAACUAAGUGGAGAACUAAGACAAAGGAGCUUCAGAUUGGAGACUUAGUAUUACUUAAAGAAGAUAAUAUUCCUCCACUUCAAUGGCGUCUAGCACGCAUCGCUAAAUUAUACCCUGGAUCGGAUGGAGUAAGCAGAGUCGCAGAUGUCCUUACUACAAAGGGCACAAUAAAAAGAGCUAUCCACAAGAUGUGUGUAAUUCCUGCCAAAGAUGAUGUUAAAACAAACUAGGUACUCGGACGCUGUACUGGGCCACAUUCAAUCCUAUUGAAAGCAGUACUUUCAAGGCCCGGAGGAUGUUAACGCCUGUAACAGCUGAGAGGAGGAGACGGCGGGGGAGAGGGGAAGCGACCAGUUUUUAGAACCUGCGCCGACAUACGCGAGAGAGACCGCCAUCGCCCGGCCGUAAUGAGAGACGUCCUUGUUUAGCAUUAUAUUUAAUCUAUACCUAAUAAUCUUGUUAAUAUAAAUCUAGAAGUUUAA